AUGGACAUCGCGGCGUCCGUGGCGGCCGUGGUGGACAAGGCCCGCACCAGUUGGCUGAAAAAUGCAGAAGUGUUGGAGCUGCUGGAGGGCUUCGCAGGGGCGGGUCUCGCAGUCUGCCAGGAGCCGCCCGUGAGGCCAGCAGGCGGCCAGCUCUUCCUCUUUGACAGGCGCAUCUGCCGCUUCUUCCGCCGCGAUGGGCACACGUGGCGCAAGAAGCCCGACGGCAAGACCAUCAGGGAGACCCACGAGAAGCUGAAAGUGGGCAAUGCGGAAACGCUAAACUGCUACUAUGCACAUGCCGACCAGGAAGAUGGGCUGCAGCGCCGCUGCUACUGGCAGCUGGACCCAGAGAAGGAGCACAUCGUGCUGGUGCACUACCUGUGCUGCGCCAGCAGCCGCGCCGGCACGCAGCGCGCGGCGUCGGCUGAGCUGGCGGGCGACGUGGCGGCGGGGUGCACGCCCCGCCCGCAGCGCGCCUCGCGCCAGCAGCACCGCCGCGCCUACUCGCCGCCGCCCGGCGCGGCGUCGGCGGCCGGCGGCCGCCGCCGCGGCGCCAGCCAGACCAAGCUCUCCCCUCUGGCCACCGCCGCCUCCCUAGAGAGCGACCUGGUCAGCCAGGGCAGCGGGGAGACGGAGCUGCCGCUGGUACAGGGCAUGACGCUGGAAGCUGCCGCUGCGCUGCCCUCUCUGGCGCAGCAGUAUGCGAUGCAGCAGCAGGCGGCGGCCGUCGUGCAGCAGCAGAUGCAGCUGCAGCAGCUGCUGCAGAGCGGCGGCAGCGGCGGCAGCGGCUCCGGCAGCGGCGAGUUCGAUCCCUUUGCGCUGCCCGCGGUGCCGGAGCACCACCGGCCGCUGCCGGGCGUGCUGUACACAGACCAGCGCGUGGCCACGCAGCUGUCGGCAGCAGCCGCCGCGCAGCAGGCCUCGGUCCACUCCCCGCUGCUGCCGCCGCGGCCGCUGAUGAAGCAGGAGAGCUUCCAGGCCGACCAGCACAAGGCUCUGUUCCGAGAGAUGUCGCUGGGCAUCCAGCGCGAGGCGACAGAGGAGGGCGGCUACUUCCUGGGUUCGCCGGGCGAGCCGGACCCUCUGGGCACCGACAAGGCGGCAGCCAGCACCCCCGGCCCCGACCUGGCCGCCCUGCUGGCGUCGCCGCCCCACGGCGGCCACCGCCGCAGCUUCAGCCGCCAGGGCUCCGGCCUGUCCCGCCUCAUCAGCAAAAACUGGGAGAACGAUGUGAUGGAGAUGAUGCUGCCUGACGUGGACUCCGACAUCAGCGCCUAUCCCAUGGAGCGAGUGGUGGUGGAGGUGGCGCAGCGGCCCAGCAGCCCCGGCUCGCGCCUCUUCGACCAGGCCGGCAUCGCCUUUUUCGGCAGCGCACACAGCGCCGCCACCGCGGUGCAGCACGCGCUGGAGCCCUCGCCGCUGGGCCUGGCGCCCGGCGGCGAGUCGCCGCUGGAGUUUGCUGCGGGGGAAGCGCACGCCAGGGCGCAGCGGCCGCGCCUGGCGCGGGUGUCUGGCGCGGGCAUGCCUCGCAGCGGCAGCCACCCCCAUCUGGCGCACCUGGCCAAGCGGCCCGGCGGGGCCGGCGCCGAGGCGGGCAGCGAGGAGGAGCGGCGCAAGGAGCGGGUGGAUGCUGCGGCCGUCGCCGCCGCCUAUGCCGCGCAGGAGCACCGCGACGAGAAGCUGGCGGCGGUGCGCAGCCAGCGGGCGGCCAGCAGCACGGAGGCAGAGGACACGCUAGAGAUGAUUGAUGUGCCCGAGAACCUGCAGCGCCUCAGCUCCUUCCUGCACCGCGGCCCCGCCUCGGGCGCGCGCCUGACGCUGGGCCGCGAGCUGGCGGCGGCCGAGGCGUCUGCGGUGGCUGACCUGGAGCUGGAGGCUCGCAGCCUGCUGAAGCACAUGAGCAUCGACGAGGUGGACGCGGUGGCUGCCGUGCGGGAUGCGGCCAAGGAGCUGGAGGUGAUGCCCACCAUCUACGCCGCGCCCAGCAGCGAGCUGGAGGCGGCCAGCGGCGCGCCCAGCCACCGCGACAGCCAGUCGGAGGAGCUGGGCAGCCGGGGCCACUCGGCGACCAGCCUGCUGGACGGCCUGCAGGUGGCGACGUCGGGGGUGGCGGGGCAGCCGCUGGACCCCAUUGCCCAGCAGCUGCAGGCCGCCAUGGCGCAGCACGCCGCGCGCCAGGCAAGGUGA